UUGAUAAUAUAAACGAGAUGGAUGAGAUGCUCUUUGAAUUCUGACAAAAUCACAGAGACUCACUAUGAUGACUUUGAAUUAAAACAGGAGUAGAAGAGAAGAGUGCCACUGACUGAGAACCUUCUUUCAUUUUCAUCUGGAGGCCGGAGGACAUUAUGUCCAUUUCCAACAUCACAGUCUUCAGGCCUUCUGUGUUGACGCUGAUAGGGAUCCCAGGCCUAGAGACUGUGCAGUGCUGGAUUGGGAUUCCAUUCUGUGUCAUGUAUCUCAUUGCUAUGAUUGGAAACUCCUUGCUUCUUCUCAUCAUCAGGUCAGAGCGCAGCCUCCAUGAGCCCAUGUACAUUUUCGUAGGCAUGCUGGGAGUCACAGAUAUUGCGCUUGCUACCACCAUUAUGCCCAAGAUGCUUGGAAUUUUCUGGUUUCAUGUGGCAGACAUUUAUUUUGAUUCCUGUUUGCUUCAAAUGUGGCUCAUCCACACAUUUCAGGGCAUAGAGUCAGGCAUCCUGUUGGCCAUGGCUCUGGACCGUUAUGUGGCCAUCUGUUAUCCACUAAGACAUUCUGCCAUCAUCACGCACCGCCUAGUCACCCAGAUAGGGGCAGUGGUAACACUCAGGGCCGCUUGCCUAGUAGCCCCGUGCCUAAUACUGAUAAAGUUCCGGUUUCAGUUUUACCAUACAACCAUCAUCUCCCACUGCUACUGUGAGCAUAUGGCCAUUGUGAAAAUGGCUGCAGAAAAUGUACGGGUCAACAAAAUCUAUGGCUUGUUUGUGGCAUUUACAGUUGCAGGGUUCGACCUCACAUUCAUCACUUUGUCUUAUGCACAGAUCUUUUCCACUGUUUUUCGUUUGCCCAAGAAGGAGGCUCGGUUGAAAGCAUUCAAUACGUGCAUCGCUCAUAUGUGUGUCUUCCUCCAGUUCUACCUCCUUGCCUUCUUCUCCUUCUUCACACAUAGGUUUGGUGCUCAUGUUCCCCCUUAUAUCCACAUCCUCUUUUCUAGCCUCUACUUGCUGGUCCCCCCAUUUCUCAAUCCACUUGUCUAUGGUGCCAAGACCAAGCAGAUCCGCAUUCAUGUGGUAAAGUCGUUUUCUUCAUAA